GUUUUGAAGUGCUUUACUGUUCAGCAAACUUAGGCCGUGAGCUCAAUCUCUUUUUGGCUCUGAUUUUUUUUCUUAGUUUUCUUUCGCAGCUUCGGAAAUAACUUGAACAAUUUAUGCGGUCAGCAGGAUCUUUUUUUUUAGCUUUCACUCUUCUUUUUGGUUUUUUUUGGUAGCUUCGGAAAUAACUUGAGAAAGUUUCUUUUGGUUUUGAAGUACUUCACUGUUUGAUUGGCUUCGCUGGAAAUUUUUUUUUGUUGCUGUGGUUCUUUGUAUAGUUCAUUUUAGGCGUUGUUUGGUUUCCGCUUCAGCUGUGUAUAAUAUGCUUUGAGAAUGGGUCGAAAUAGAGUAUAUGGAAGUUUGGAAGAGGCUCGUGCUGAGAAAAAUCGAAGGAGCCGCGAGCAACGUGCUGCUGCUCGGCGUGGGACAAAGAAUGAUGCGCCAUUAGGAGUGUGUACAUUAGCUGUCACAGCUUUUAAUAUACAUGACCGAAAUGCUGUGAAUCAGCCAAAUAUGGGUGUCGUUGAAUCUUCAUUAGGUUCGGGCUCAGUAUUGUCAUUUGCAGAGAACAAUGCAGAGCACUUUCGAGCUGAAAAUCAAGGAGAUAUAUCUAGGUCUGCUGGUAAUGGUGCUAGCGAGGUUCCAACGACUAAUUCAGAUGCUGGUGAAUCAUCUUUGCAUAGGCGACGUCGGCGUACAAGACGCUCUGUGACUAAUCCAUUGACCACAAUAAUUACAGAGCCUGCAGUAUUGCUCAGUGAUGCAGAGCAAUUUCCAACCGAAAAUGAACAAAAUGUAUCUGCGUCUAUUGCUGAUGGUGCUAACGAGAUUCCAUCAACAAAUUUAGAUGCUGGUGAACCAUCAUUGCGUAGGCAACGUCGGUCUAGAAAACGAGCUGCGACUGAUCCAUUAACUACAAUAGCUACAGAACCUGCUGUAUUGCCCGAUGUUCCAAGUUGUCCAUAUUGUCAUGCAAAACAAUUUCCUCUCAUUUUGGCCGUUCUUGUUUAGAAAUGUUCUACUACAUCUA